AUGAAGAAGGAAGAGGCAACGACCACGAAGACAGAAGCCAAAGAAGCAGGGGCAACAAUUACCGUAAAGUAUGAAGACAUCCAAAAGAAGAGAAAACGAAGAGUAACAAUCUCCGUUAUUGUCGCUGUAGUUGUAAUAGUCGCUCUUGUAUCGCUCAUCUUCAUCUUGAACAAAGUGCGUGUCCCACGGUUCAUGCUUGACGAUGUCUCCCUUGAUCCCAUCUCAAGAUCAAAAGUACUGGUGAAACUCUCAUCGACCAACCCAAGCUCCUCGAGGCUUUACUACAGCGAGAUGAGCAUACACCUGCGGAUCGAAGAAAUUUUCGAGACAGAGAGGGUUUACUUGCAGAGCACGCUACAAGAGCCACAUGAACGUACGACGUGGACAGGUGUCGUAGCAAGAAAUAAUGUAAACGACAAGCCUGGCGGUACUUUUCAGAUGAGUGAAGGUGAGGAAAACGGGGAUGUUAUUGCAGAGCUAAAGAUCCAAAAGAAGAGUUCGAUGUUUCACCCGAAGAGGACAUUGCGCGUUACGUGUCCGGUUUUGCUCAACUUGAAAGACUUGACGGCAGUAGUUUCUAGACCUAUGUGUACUUGUCAAGUUAUUUAG